AUGAAUUCGCACAACAGCCUUAGCGCCGCUGCAGAUGAGCGAAAAGCGCGUCUUGCAAAGCUCAAAAGCCUCAAAAGAAAACAGCCUACCGACGAGGUCGCCACUCCAGAAGGUGAUCGCGAUGCAUCGCAGCCAGAGGAGCCUGACGUUACGACACUACAUCUCUCUGGCCGAAACUAUGAUCCAGAGACAAGAGGCCCUAAACUUGGUUUUGAUGCGCCGCCGACUCUCGCCCUAGAAAAGCCUACAUUGGAAGAGCAAGCUGCAGAGGUGGAAGCCGAUGUUCGAGAACGAGCGGCCAAAGAGGCAGAAGACGACAAGGGCUUGGAUCUCUUCAAAUUGCAACCCAAGAAGCCGAAUUGGGAUCUGAAACGAAAUUUGGACCAAAAGAUGGAACUGCUGAACACGCGGACGGAUAAUGCAAUUGCAAAAUUGGUCAGAGAAAGAGUUAUGGGUGCGCAGAAGGCAGCCCAGAAGACUGCAGGUGUCGACAGUGGAAAUCUAGAUGGAGACGCUGCUGGGGUCGACGGCAUCGCUCUCGUCGAGGGACUUAGGGUCCGUGAACAAGAAGAGCAGGAAGAAGAACAGAGAGAACGUGAGGAGGAAGAGUCGAUGGGCUUAUAA